CCGGAACCCUGCGCAUGCAUCCCUGGCAGUAUACGUGUCGGGUCUUCGCUUUCUCAUUCGUUUUGUUAUUUUUGGGCUGAAAGUGCGACAAGUGCUACACACAUAUUAAAAUGGCUCCACCACAGAGAAUGCGCGUCGCCAACGAAAAGGCCAGCAAAUAUGUGACAAUGCGUGGCAAUGUUCCCAAAUCCUCGAAAACGAAAGAAGGCCAAUAUCCAGUGGGUCCGUGGCUCUUGGCGCUCUUCAUCUUCGUGGUCUGCGGCUCUGCCAUUUUCCAGAUCAUUCAGUCAAUACGCGCCGCGUAAGGAAAAGCUUAUCCACAUAGAACACACAAAGCAGCCGCAUCUGGAGGAAGAUAAUAGACCUUUCCGCAACCUCCACUUGUUACUUCAAUAGCCUUUCCAACAACAAAUACAACACCUUUCCUAGCUGAAUAGUCCCCGGAAAUAUGUGCAACCAGAGGAUGACUCCUAAUAACUUGGCUUUCCACUGAUUAUUUUGUGUCUGCAAUAUCUACUCUUAUAAAACACAUCAAAAUUUAAGUUAAUUUGACGCAUUUUGCAUUAAAUAAUUUAACUUUAAGCUCUCCAAUGUGCAUUCCUGCAACACUCUCCUACAACACUCACACAAAACAAAUAACUGAUUGAUCCAGAUCAUUUUAUAGGCGAUAAAUGCAUUUUUAAGAUGCUUCUCGAUGCAGUUUUAAAUAGUGCAAAGUGUUAAAGCGUUGUUUUCUAAUGCAAAAACGAGUAGAGGAGAAACUACGAGUACAUAACAAUGAUGAAUAUAUGAUAAUUUUUUACCUAAA